CCCCUUUAAGCGGAGCUGGGUGGAGGCUGUGAAACUCAAAAAGGAAACUGAAGUGUCAACUGUAGAUAAACAGAAAACUACUAGUCCUUUGAAGCGGGAGCCCUCUAAACUGACCACCUUACAAACACAGGUCAGGGGGGCUGGAGGGCCGUCGUCAUGGUGAAGGAUGUUUCGCAAAGUGAAAAAGCGCCACAGCAGCAGCAGCUCUCAAAGCAGUGAGAUCAGCACCAAGAGCAAGUCUGUGGACUCCAGUUUGGGAGGUCUGUCCAGGUCAAGCACUGUCGCCAGCCUUGACACAGAUUCCACCAAGAGCUCAGGUAACAGUGCAUCAGAGACAUGUGCCGAGUUCAGGGUCAAGUACGUGGGAGCCAUCGAGAAAUUACAGUUUGACAUGAGCAGGACCCUCCAGGAGCCUCUGGACCUCAUCAACUACAUCGAUGCCGCUCAGCAAGAUGGAAAGUUACCCUUUGUGCCUGGAGAUGAGGAGAUGAUUUUGGGAGUUUCCAAAUAUGGAGUCAAAGUGGCUUCGUUGGACCAAUGUGAUGUGCUGCAUCGCCACCCUCUCUACUUGAUUGUGCGUAUGCUGUGUUAUGAUGAUGGACUGGGUGCAGGAAAGAACCUCCUGGCUCUCAAAACCACUGACGCGAAGCAAGAGGAGUGCAGUAUCUGGGUGUACCAGUGCAGCAGCUCGGAGCAGGCUCAGUCCAUCUGCAAAGUGCUGUCAGCCUCUUUUGACUGUGCCUUGACAUCAGACAAGCCCUGAGGCUAGAGAAAUGCUAGCUGACAUCCGUCUAAAAGGGAAACUGAGCGCUGGCAGAAUCAUGCAGUAAUUUAUCAGGGGAUCACCAGGGCUGCCUGCUGAUUGUCAAAAAAAAAUACAACAUUUUUGUUUUGCUUAGUUUUGUUUUGUGCAACUUUGCUUUGUCCACCUGGAGACAAUUUACGGUAAAAAUGAUGGAUUUGUAGACAGUUGCAAGACAACCCUUGUGUGUUGUUUUCUGGUUAGUUUGCCAGGAAGCACGAAUCAAGCCUUUGUUAAGAUUCAACCAAUGCCUUAGCUGACAGCAAAGUCAGAUCACUCUCCUGGAACGUCUUGCACUAUCACAACCCCGGCGUUGCCUCAUUUUCCAUUCUAGACCAGGACUACUUUGUUUAAAUUGCUUCUUUCACUUGGCAUGUUUUCUUUACCUCACGAUUCCUUGACCAAAAUCAAGCUCAAAAAACGAGCAAGGUCAUGGAAAGGUUACGAGAGAGGAAAAAGGAUUGCAGUUUUUUUUCCUCAACAUUCAAACACAGUCUACCAUUUCAGCAUUGUAAUGAACAUUAUUUAAUGUAAAUAAGGAUACUUGGUACAUAAUGUUGUAAACCAUCUAUAGCAGCUGUGUGAACAUAUGGUAAUCUGUGGGAGACACUGUAUCUGUUUGUGGACAAACUACACGGUACAUGGAUUUGCUGAUGUGCACAUGCAGGGUUUAGCUGAAGAAAUUCAGUGAUCAUGUGGAAGCCACUCAGAUCGCUCUGUGUUUCAUGAUUUCUUUUUUUUUUAUUAAAUUGAGACAAUAUUGGUACACAUGGCAGUCACUGUCUGAUUUAAGGGUAUGUUACAUAGAUGCUUUAAUUUUAUGCCACAUCCUUAAUUUUUUUUUUUUUUUUUGGUCCCAAAUGCUUUACAUCCAAAAUAUGUAUGGUACUGGCUUCAUGUUUUUAACCAACGAUUAAAGGUGCAUUAAUUUAAUUAGGUUUGUACAUACCAGAAACAUCGUAAUAUGGUCUUAUUUGCAUAUGAAAAUUUUUGCAUUAUUGUUUACAGCUCUGGUACUCUCUUACUAACAACUGCACCAUGUACAGUACACAGUGUUAGUGUUUCUCUCUCUGUCUAUACCUCUUUGUCUUUCCUCCAUUUUGCCUCGGUCCAGUUGGGAUUGGAUCAGAUAAAAAUAAUAAUAAUAAUAAUAAAAAUGGAAGCGUUUGGUAC